UUUAGGAUUGCCAGUGCACCUAACCUGCAUGUCUUUGGGCUGUGGGAAGAAACCGGAAAACAGAACACCUCUGGGUAAAAUAGCUGACAGCUUUAGGGGUCCUGCAGAGAGUCCCCAAAUCCAGACGUGCUGUCCAACCCAAGAAGACGGCCAUGGGGAGGGCUUCAGUGAAGUGCCGAGAGAAGGGUCUGAAUACUCCUGUCAACGGGAGACUUGCAUUAAUUAGCAGGCACACAAUGAAAACAGAAGCAGCAGUGAGUAGUGCAUUUAGUGAAGAAAGGAUUCCUGAGUUUAGGAGCUCAACUGUGGAGCAGCAGCCCAGAAUUUGAGAGGCGUGAGGUGAUCGUGGGAGCAGGCAGAGCAUUCACAAUGGACAGACAGACAGACCGCCUUCCAUCACUAGGACUCCUGUUAGAGCUGACGUAUUGUCUUUCCUGGCGGUGCUGUUUGUGACGGUCGCUUGUGAAUGUCUCCGGUCUUUUUCUUUCUUUUUCAGUAUGUUUGCUCUGGCCAUGGAGGACACCUCGCUUCGGCGCACAACGCUGAGGAGAAUCAGUUUAUUGUCGACCUGAUUGAUGGCACUGAUGCGUGUUUCCCUUACGCGUGGCUGGGAGGCCGACUAGAUAGUCAGGGCAACUGCUUUUGGGAGGAUGGAUCCGAAUUUGACUUCCAAGAUUGGGCUCUUUGUCAACCAAGCAAAAGCUGCCAACGACUGGCAUCUGGCAAUCAGCUACCUGGAUAAGAAGAGCCCCGAAAAGUGGAUCCGCGUGCCCCUCGGCUUUGAGCUUCCUUUUAUGUGCAAGAAGAGCAGCAAAGUGUAGAAGGGCCCGAGUGGAGAUGUGCCGGCUGAGGGUCUCGCAGCCGAUGAUGAAGAUGAGGAUGAUGAUGAUGUCACGAUUCACUCCAUUAGUUGAUAUUCUUUUGUGUUCAUUCAUUGUGUUUUUCAAGUCACUUACACAAUAAAUAAAGCUUUGAUUGGAUUUCUUUGGUAUUAAAAUGUUUUAACUCUAAGUAAACAAUAAAGAACAAUGA